CGGCUUGGCCCGGGGUGGCGCGGGGCAGGGCGGUGAGACGGAUGGACCCGUGGAUGGAUUCUCAGGCCGUGCCGUGCCGUGCCUUGCAGAACUUCGAGACAGCGGUGCGGGAGAACGUCACCAUCAACGGGCAGGCCUGGCAGGAGGCCUCGGAGGAGUCCCAGCUGCAGAGCGAUUCCAAUAUUAAAAUCCUGGAGGAUCAAUUUGAUGAAUUAAUAGUAGAGACAGCAACUAGGCGUAAACAGUGGACUAAAAAGAUCCUGGUGCAUGCUAUCCAAGCCAUGAAAGCAGAGCAAGAGAUGUUGAAGCUUUACCAGCCUGUGGUAAAACCAGCAGAGAUAAAACCUCAGCCUUCUCAAGAUGCUUACAUCGCAGAUCUGAAGCAGGCAGCAGAAGUGGCAGCCAAACAGAUCAGCGAAGCAAUGCAGUCUAUUCCAGCACUCAUAGAAAAAGCAGAAGGUUUUUCCCAAGCAUUAACUUUGCAACCAACCUUGGAACUCUGCAAGCUGCGGCAAGAAAUCUUUUCUGGUUGCAAGGCAAAGGAGGAAAAUAAUGUCCAAACUUUAGUACCACCAGGAGAAGUCACACCAACAGGAACUGUUUGCAGUAAAAGUCCCUAUGUUUUGCUGAAAAGAAGAAAAGCUGCAGAUUCCCCCGAGAGAAGGCGCUACCCACUGCGGCGGAGGAAGAUCACUCUCAGUACAUGAAUUUCUCGUUUUGUGUUUUCACAUUGGAAUCUCGGCUGUGCUUUUGUUCCAUGUGUUCCAUCUUUUUUUCUUAGAACUCAUCUCCCCUGAGUGCUAUACAUGGGAGCUUCUUUAAUUAGGCUUUGACCUCUUAAAUGUUUCUACAUUUGCUGUCAUGCUGAUGGUAUAUGAAAGCCUGUGUGUACCAGUAGCAUCCAAUAUCCAGCAAGUAUAUUUGCCAUUUAACUCAUUUUUUGCUCUUAUAUUGCCAUUUUUAGCUUGAGUCCUUGUGCUUAGAGUUCAUGUGCGUGCUUAAUGUAUGUGGGCAGUCUUUUAGGAAACCACUAACUGCUCAUUUACAUUCAGCAUGUCUCUAAAGAGGUUGGAGAAUGUCUAGUUCUUCUAAUGCACUUUCAUUAAUUACUGAGGCAGGUGGCUUUUAUUUUAAUUAAUUAAUUGACACUGCAGAAUAUUGAAAUCACCAGAUUUGAUGCAAUGAGUUUUAAGGAAGUUCGUGUACACAUGUGACAUUAGUCUCUGCUCUUCUACCUUUCCUGAACGUAGGUCAUCUAGGCUUAUUUAUAGUCAUGUUUGUUGAAACUUGGAUUUUUAAUAAUUGUAUGCAUUUACUUGCAGUGUGCUCUUCUGAACAGGAAUUCGACCAUCAAUAUCUUAGGGUCUGAUAUUUAAUUUCAUGUAAUCCAAUUAUGCAGCCUGGGGUUUUCCUGGACAGUAUUUCCACCCAUGAAAGGAUCUUGACUUGGGUUGUGUUUGCAUUUGUGUUGACUAAACUUUAAAGAUCAGUACAGGCUACCAGUAAAUGGUAUUCACUUGAGCUAGCUUACUUUUGUUUUCUUUACUUAUUAGUACCUAGAAGAUUGCAAAUGAGUACUAAAUUGAGCAUUGUGCCUUAACCAUUUAUAACUUUCUCUAGUUUAUGGUUGCAUGUGCCUGCAGUAAAUACUCCUGUCUAGUAUAUAACAUAUUUCUUACACAGUAAAUGGAGAGGGUUUUAGAAGCUUUAUUAAUGACAUGUUUGGUGCUAAGAAGACAGGUCCAACCUGAUGUCUAAGAGACUGAGUAUUCUCAAGAAAACAGAUUUUAGCAGCAUCUAUUUUGCAUAAGUGAGCAUCUGUACUAAGACUUUGUAUAUGUAAUCAUAUGUAAAUAUUUUUCCUAUCCUUGUAUAUACAAAUGUGUGUUUUUAUAUGAAGUAAAUUAAAUCAAUUAAGGAAGAUCAAAGCUUCAGAUAAUAUUGUCAGUUCUAAUCCUGGAAUAGAUGGUGGCUGAGCAGUGAGCGUACUUCAGAGGACAUCUGUGUUGAAUUCUGGCUUGAGUAACUGAAGUAGUUCCAUUUACUGCCUUUGAACUCACAAGUGUUAUUAAUCUCGGGGCUACAAAGCUUCUCAUGUAAGAGAGGACAGGAUGUGAGAGGGCCUGGAGCUGCAGGGCUGUGGAACGUGUGGCUCAGGCAGCUUCUCACACAGCCACUUGCUAUUUUGAGUGCCCGUGCUCUGUGCGGCGUUGCAAAUCCCCACUACGGCUUUCUUCAUACAGAUCCUGGGUGUUGCUAGGCUAAGGUGAGCCCUGCAAGAUGUUGCAUGGCAGAUAUUACAGCAUUUGGCCA